CGCGUUCGUACGUACCUUCACUCACCGUUCAGUUCGGCAUCGCGUCGCACCGUUACGCGAUCCGUGUGCCUCUCGGCGUUCGGCUGCUACCUGUGCGCUCUUUCGGCCGUUUCCGCUCCUCUCUCGCUCUGCCCCUCCGUUUCCGUCGUUGUCCGAAUAGCGUCACGUCGUUGUUUGCAUCGCACAGCGUCGCGUCGCGUCGCGUCCCCGGUGGUGUGAGCACAGGUGUUGAAGGAAGUUAGUGAUAUACGGCACACGUAGUCCGCUGACUCCCUCGUGAUCCACGGCCGUUGUCUCCGUUGUUGUUGCAUCCGACUGCAUCACGAUCGGCUCGAGCGACCGGGUCGCAGACACGAACGGCGAAUGAAAACGUCCCACAAACACAAGCGCUCCAGGAGGAGUCGCGUGAUACAUCUUGAGAGGUUCUUCCGGAUCCUGGACUCACGUGAAGGAUGGUGAGCUCCCGCACACCGGGCGUUACGUCCACGACAAACGGAGUUGCGACAACUGGCACGGCGACCGGUACGACUUCGUCGCAUGAAGAGGAGACCCGUGCGACAAAUGUGACCGGCGAGUGGAGUCAGAGUGGUCCACCUUCGCUUUCGAUGUCGGUCGAUCUACAUAAUCUUGUUAGUUCGAAUCUCUCAGAUUCGGGCCGAUAUUCCGAUAGUCCGAGUCAUCAUGCUGCGACGACCGGUAAUGCAAUCAAGAUCGGCUGCCACGACGAAGAGGAGAGCUACGAAGGGUUCGGGUCGGUAGAAGGCGACUUGGUUGACGAUGGACCAGAAUCGCCCGAUGGCAGCAGCUCGGCACCCUCACCGACUGGCACCAGUUCGCAUAGAAAUCCGAGGAGCCCAAACUCCACCGUUGGAAGACAUUCCUGGCUACGUACGUCGCUACGCAGAACGCCUCCUUGCUCGGGAAGAAAGCGAAUCAGCUCCAACGCCUUAGCAAGCCAGCUUUAUCGCAGCGGCAGCUUUAACAGCUCCGGGAUAGGCUCAAACUACGAUCCUGCGGACGAUGUGUACAGUGAUGUGUCUUUGGAGGACGUGAUGGAUCUCAGCCACAAAGUUCAAAUGAUCCAAGAGCAAAUGGAUGCCUUAGCAGAUACUAAGUCGGUCGGUGAAGAGAGGUACGCUCGAGCGAAGCAAGAAAAUGCAACGUUGCAGGCGCGCAUAUUGAUGCUCGAAGAAGCGGCAAAAGAUGCGGAAACGAGAGCCGAUGAGAGGCUUCAAGCCGAGCAACGAAGGCAUCGAGAAUGGGCGGGCCGUUUGGAACGCGAGCGUCAGUUACAGCUGGAGAAUUAUGCCAUCAAGUUGCAGGCAGCCGAGGUGGACAGUUCCAGCUUGAGGGAUGAGAUCGGGAGAGUGCGCGACCAGCUUGAGAGAGCGAGGGCGGAUAAAACACGACUCGAAAACGAUCUCCGGGAGACCAGGAGGGAAGCGGACACCGCGCGCGAAAGUGAACGUCACGCAAUAAGUCGAGCUAACGAGGCUCAUCAUCAGCUCGACGCCAUGAGAGAGGAACUUUCGUUGCGGACCGAGGAUCAGCAAAGACUCGAGGAACUGGUGCAGCAGGUGGCUCAACUUCAAGCUCGCAAUAAAAGUUUGGAAGAAUCUCGAGACGAGUUGCAGGCUGCUGCAGCGUUGCAGGCCGGCCGUGAACUUUUAAUGUUGAAUCCUUGUAACAAUAACGCGGAGAAAGGACCUAGUCUCGCGGUGGAACUAUUGGCCGGCAUGAAUUCGGAUCAGUUAGACGGCCAAGGGAUCGCGGAAAUUGGUGAGCCAUGCACGAUGGCUGAAUUAAAGCAGGCUCUAAAGGAACAACAAGAAGUGAAUACGCAAUUGAGAACGUACAUCGAUGGGAUAUUACUAAACAUUGUGGAGAAUUAUCCGCAAUUACUAGAAGUGAAGCAAACGCACUGAAACAUAGCAUGUAGGCAUCGUUAAAACCUAAUGUAAUAAUAAUUUCGAGGCAGUUGUACAUUAACUUUCUUCAUCGAAUCGGAAGAAGGUCGGAAGAACUGCUUAGAACUGCUGGCCUUUGUAUUAUAUUAUUAAUUAUAUUUUAUAUACAAAUAUUUUUUAAAAUUCUUAAUGCAAAUUUGCGCGUUACAUGUUAAUGCAGAUUUGAAAGGAAAGUUAAAUUUGCCUCAAUAUAUUUAAAAACAAAUUGUUAAAAACGUCUUUGAGAAGACGCUUAAAGAAGAGAAAUUCUAAUUUAAAUGUCUCUCCACGUUUCUUGAAUUUUGCCUUGCCUGAUAAUCAAGUGUUGAAAUCUGCUCAUUUUUAAUACUUAAACUCUAGGCAGACCGUUUCUAGGAAAAUUUAGGAAAAGUGGUGACGCCGCAGUUACGUGCGACAAUGGGUAGAGAGCGUUUUCGGUACGUACUUUCUCGGAUGAGCUUCUUUUGACAUACUUUGCCGCGUCGUCCGCGAAUCUUCGAGCCGAUUUACCACUGCCAUCGUUUACUAGUUUUAUCGCGCAGGUCUGCCGUUGGAAAAAGGGUGGUGAACGAAUCUCGAUUAUAUUUCUCGGACCUUUCGCACGUUGUCGGAUUACUUGCAUACUUCGGCACAUGCAACGUUCGUUAGUUGUAUACAUUAAUGACAGUGUUACCUAAAUGAAUAUACACGUACAUGUAUGUUACAAUGGAGGUGACGUGACUGCGCUGGGUAAUUGUGAAAACUGUGAUGCGUUAGAGUACCUUUUAAAUUAAAAUCUAGCAAACACACAUACCUAUGGUACUAACUGAAUAAGUAAAACCUGUUGUACUCUAGAUCUUUGUACCAAGAAUUAGUAAAAUUGUAAAAUUAAAUGAUUAUAUUUUGAUA